UAAUAAUUUCAAAGAAAAUUACAUAUUUGUAACUACUUGUAACAUUUCAAGCAUCUAUAAGAUAUUUGUCCUUUCUGUUACAUUUUCUCCAACAUUUUCAUAAGAUGGCUAGUUCAAAAUUACGAGAAUCUGCUUUGAAGUCGUCAAAACAGUUGUACAAAUUUUUGCUGCGAGAAUGCGAAAGAUUGCCAAAGGAAGCACAGGGAUUUUACAAAUUUUCGGUUAAGCAGAGUUUCAAACAACACUUACUUGAAACAGAUAAGGAGCGCAUUCGGCAAAUUAUGGAAAAAGCAGUACAAGAUGCAGGCUGGGUUGUUAAAAAGUAUACUAAUUCAGAAGGGACAAAGAAAUUAACAUGAAGAUGCUGCUUACAAUAUAGGUAGAUUCUGUAAUUUAUCAUUUAGUAAAAACAGAAUUUGUAAUUGU